UACAGGUUUACAUUUUUUUUUCCCCAGUAAAUUUGGCACAGAUUUAAAAUGUGAAACAGUUCUACACCCCUUGUUUUUGCUGUUCUCUCACCAGCAAACCCUUUAGUUUGGCCAGCAAUGGCUUUCUGCAUGAGCUUCAGAUUUACUUCACUUGCUAGGUGGUGGUUCUCAAACUUACUAUAAGCACCUGAAGGGCUUGUUAAAUGCGUAUUGCUGGGGCCCACCCCUAGAGUUUCUGGUAAUAGGUCUGUGCUGGGGCUUGAGAAUUUGUACUUCUAACAAGGCUCAGGUACUGAUGCUGCAGAUCUGGGUUCUUCACUUUGAGAACAACUACCUUUUGGCCAAAUGUGAUAUACGUAUUGCAGUAGGUUGAGGUUCAGAAUACCUUUGAGUACUUCUGUGUUGGAAACUAGUAAUCUGAUCUUUUAUAGAUAAUCACUUAGGUCUGAAUAUUUUGUUCGCAAAAUUAAGAAAGCGUACUUAAAACAACUGAAUGCUAUAUGUCAAAUUUGAGGUGAAAUAUUGAUGAGUUCUUCCCCUAGAUUUUCUUAAUUCUCUUGAUAGGGGCUUCACGUUUUGAUCAUAUAUGUUACACCUGUAUUCUGGGCUUUUGCUGUGAAUUCCUAGUAUUGCUAAAAUCCUGCUAUUUCUUAACUACCUGUUAAGUUCCUCAAGGUCAGAGCUUCUGCUUUUUUUAUCUUUCUCUGCCCAGCACCUUGAAUAGUGUGGGACACGUAAUUGACGCUCAGUAGAUAUUUGUGUAUUGAACUCCAUCCCUUGUCCUCCUCCCCUCUUGAUGUUUUUCUCUACUGGCCUUAUGCUACACAGUAAAGCAGGGCAUGAUUAUGCCACUUGAUUACCCCCAAGAGAUUGGAAUAAAUGCUAAUGCCAAAUUCCUACAGCUAUCCCUGUGAAUGGUUUAUUACCCAGGAGCCCUGACACUGGCUGAUUUCUGAAUUUUCAGUGCUUCUGUAAUAUAUACUAGUUGGGGGAGGAGAAAUAGAAAGCUUAAACUCAAUGUGCGUUUAUUGAAUACCUUUUCUACUAAGGGCUCGACAAAGUGGUAGGCACUGGGAAUAUAAAAAUGAAUAAGGAGACCCUUGCUGUCGAGGGCAGGGCUCACAGUGGGGAGACAGACGUUAAGCCAUGCCCACGACAAGAAUGACUUCUGAGAUUCCUUCUUUGGAUCAUGAUUUAGUCUUCAGUGGAAACCUGGUACUCCUCAGAUUCCUCUGCUUCAACAGGCGGGGAUCCCAUCCCUUAUCAUCUCCUCAAAUGCUAAGGGACCCUUGAGCAAAGCCAGGAGGAAGUCAUCUAGACGUGAAACAGGGAGUAUCCACACAGGCUGUGUUAAUGACAAAGCUAAAAACAUAGUAAAUGACUUUUGAAUUUACUGCUGUUAUAAAUUAUCUAUAGCAACACCUCAGGUCAGCUCUGUUAUAUAUGUUAUUGUGUUAUUUCCCAUUAAAUGAUGGUUCCUCUGACUAUCUGAUUGGCAUUGACUAUGUUCAUUGUAGGAAUUGCAUACAUCUAGUUUAACUCUGGCUGUCAAAUGAGAGCAGUUACUCUCAUCAGGAUGGGUGUCAGGUUUGAUGUCCCCUCCUUUUCCUGCUUCAGGUUAAUGUGUCAUGUUCUGUUUUAAACUGAGGCAUAGCUUGACCUCCUUUAUUUAGGCUGGUAACUGCUCUGGGGGUAGUUUUCCUGAAGGUUAAAAAGCCUAGCUUCAUGAUGGAGGUUAACCAACAUGACCAUGAUGGCCAGGUGUAUAAAUCUGGCCUCUUAAAAAUCUGUAUUUGAGGCUGGGUGCAGUGGCUCACACCUGUAAUCCUAACACUUUGGGAGGCCAAAGCUGGCAGAUCACUUGAGCCCAGGUAUUUGAGACCAGCCUGGGCAACAUGGCAAGACCCCUUCUCUACAAAAAAUUUAAAAAUUAGCUGGGCAUGGUGGCAUGUGCUGUAGUCCCAGAUACUUAGGAGGCUGGGGUGGGAGGAUGGCCUGAACCUGGGAGGCAGAGAUUGCAGUGAGUUGUGAUCUUGCCACUGCACUCCAGUCUUAGCAACAGAGUAAACCCUAUCUCAAAACUUAAAAAUCUGUGUUUGGCCCCUAGCCCUCCUCAGCUCUUGAGUAAAUCUCUCUCAGCAUCCUAGGCUGAUACAUUAUGGCCCAAAUAUUCAAUAGAGAUGCUGUAUAUCCUUGCUCCUCUCAAAACCCCUCCUCAUCACCAUCAAAAAGCUGGUUCAGUUCUCUACCUUUAGAUAAAGAAUCAUCCCAAGACUCAACAUGAGCUGCUGUGACUUGUCCAAGAUGACACCUCUUUACAAUGUAGAGCAGUGGACAGAACACAGGUCACCCUCCCCUGAAGGCAGCUAUCUACUGUCUAACAUUGCCUCCUAGGCCUGCCAUAUAUAACCAUCAAAAACAUUUUAGUUUAGAAUAAAGUGAAUUGUUACAAUUUUCAUUUUUCAUUUUUGUGUUUACAUUUACUCUCAAUGACAUGUUUAUUCCCACCUAAUAUCUUGAGGCUAACCACAAAAUCUGCAGCAUUUCCAGGCAGAAGAUACUUGUGACUUCCCUGUGCUACCCACUACAUACUUGACCUCUUUCUCUUUCUUCCUGUCUUCCCUUUCUCUAUACCUUAUUGUCUUUCUUUGGAACCUCUUGUAACAAAUUUUGAGCCAUUUCUCCCCUCACUACUCAAAUAUCACUUUUAUGAAGGGGGGAAAAAAACUUAGGUGGCAAAAAUAUUUUACGGAAACAGUUUUAAACAUGUUUUGAAGCAUACUGGUCACGUGUUAGAAGGCCAAAAGCCAGGGAAUUCAUUCCCUUUCAUUCAUUGUGCCGUCUAGGUUAAGUUUUCAUAGGACUUCUUGGUACACUGAGUUUGCCUCAGAUUGUCUCCUGCCAGUUACAGGGAGUGGAGCGGACUUUGAUAUAUUGGUAAUUAGAAGCAUUGCUGAUAUGGUCUUCGGUGGGAGAACGUGUGUUUAAGGUUCCUUCUCAUCUGUAUUCCAACACUUUCAUUUAAUCCUACUUCAUAAGUGCCUCCAAAGCAAGGAUUGUUUUUUUGGUUUAGCAUGGUUUCUUUGAUAUAACAAUAGACCGACCAAGAUUUUCCUUAUGCCAUCUAUUUUUUUGUAAUUAUGAUGCAAUAGAGAACUGUUUGCUUGUUUAUCAUUUAAAUCUUGCCUUCUUCCCAAAAGGAUUUCAAAUAGCUUGAAGGAAAAUGAAUAAAAUAUAUUGAGCACCUACCCUAUGCCAGACUCUAUACUGAAGGGUUUCUAUAGGUUAUUUCAUUUACUCCUUAAAACAACCACAUGAGGUAGGUAGUAUUAGCCACAUUUUUGAGGAUAAGACUGAGGCUUAGGGAAAUUGUGUUACAAGGCGAAUAAGCGAGGUCAGGGAUUCGAGGUCAGGGAUUCAAACCCAGCGUGCCAAGGCCACUAACCAUUACGUGGAAAGCUUAGAUAAGCGCUUGUGUAUAGGACAAUUAAGAAUAAAAGAAUAUCUCCAUUAGAAGGAUUGUACUGGGCUAAUCUUUCAUUUUAAAGAACAGCAGCAGCAUUGGAAAAGAGCGGUUAACAGUUUUUAUUAGCCGAUUUCUAUUCUAGAACACUGAGAGGAGCUGUUGACAGGCCCUGGUUAGCCCCAGCAAGUAGUUAUAUUAAAAUUCCCAAACUAUAGGCCUGCAUUAAGGUAUGAAAUAAGUGACUGGAAGGGAUAUAAAUAUCUGCUAAAUAUAAUAAUUUCAGUUCUAGUCACUAUUUUCUUCUGAAGAUUAUUUGCCAGUAAAUAGGCAGAUCACUGUCUCUCCUUUAGGUUGACGGUAUAUGACUACAGACUUUGUCAUUUAGGGUCCAGAAAGAUCACCCUAGCUAGUAGCAUUUUAAGGUAGAGAACUAGAUAUUCUUUCAUUGCCUGUGGUUUUCUGUUCUUGUAAGAGAAUUGAGCUUGGGUCUUCACUGCCACGUGACACCUUCAGAUAAGGGGCAGACACAGCUGGCCUGAGGAUCGUACAGAGGUCUUACCUUGAUAGCUCCUCUCCAAUCCUAUGCAUCCUAGGAACACUCAAGACACUAGGUUGUAUCUUUGCAGAUACUGUUUUAGUGUCUUCUGGAACCAAGUCUCUUACUUGAUCCUGGCCUGGUUUCAUAUUCUCUCUAUUGUAUUCUCUCUAUAGUUUUUGUCUUACUCUGAAACUCUUCCAAGGACAGACAUUGAAGAAAGGUAUUAGAAUAGCAAAGGCAACAAAUUGCAAGGUAUACUUGUGGCAUAGCACAUCCCAUUAAUUAUAAUAUAAAAACACAACAUCUGUUUUCUGCCUCUAAUAUUAAAUCUUGACAUUUGCACAACACAUUUUAGUUCAUAAAGCUCUCAUACCUCAGAUAAUCACUGAGUUAGGAGACUGGUUAUCUGCAGAGGGCUUUAUCCUUUACAAGGGCUCUUGUGUAUGUUACUCCACGAAACCCUCAGGGAAGCUCCAGUUUCUUGGCGAUCUGGGGCCGUACGUCUUUGGAUACCCAGUUUGGUGCUGUGCACAGCACUGCUGUACCUCCUAUUCAUUUCCCAUCUCUUACCCCACAAAGACUCCUUCCUUCAUUCCUUCUAUUGCUGAUCUGUUUUCCUUCAUCUUCCUAGGCUGCCAAAGUAAAUGCAAAACAAGCACCAGAAAUCUCAGCUUAUGAUUUCUGAAGGGCAUUUUUAAAUGGCAAGUUUGGUGUGGCACUGUUAUAUGUUCUUUUUUCUUUGGAGAGCAAAGCCCUUUGAGAGAGCAGGAACUCUUCUGUCAAUGCAUACGUUGUAGGAUCCAUACUGUGGAAUCUCUUGUACCUAGUGCUGUGUGAAAACAAUGAGGAUUCCAAGUCUACUUCACUGGACGUCGGUUCUCAAACUUAAAGAUACUAGAAGUCCUUUUAUUAAGCCAAAAGACCCUAUGUAUUAAUUCUGACUUCCAGGGGUAGGAGUUGGGCUGGGGAUUGGAAAGCUUUGUCUGGAUAAAUAAUCAGUAUUGUAGUUCCAUUUCUUUGAUGUCUGAUUUUGUGCUUAUUAAAAUUGAUUUAAAUCCUCAAUGAAAAAUGAUUUUUUUUUUUCAAAUGCCCAGUGUUGUGUGACUUGCAUUUGGAUUAUUCCCGGUGCAACCUGAAGAUUCCUUGUGAUGAGCUGUGGUUCCAUCACCUUGGGAAGCACUAAGAGAAUUCUGUUUUACUCACAAUCCAAACAAUACAUGUUUUUUUCCCUAUGUAUGCCUUUAUCCAGCACACAGUUUGCUAGACUUAUGGAUGAAUAUGGGUUAAUAUAACAUGGCAUCUAUCCUUCUGGAAACAGACUUUUAAAACCUUACUAAGCAUUCUUUGCAUUCAUCAAAUGUGAAGUGAGUGCCUGGUGUGUGCCAGGCAUCGAGCUGGGCACAGCAUAUCCCUGCCCUCAGAGCUUUACAGUCCAGUGAGUUCAACAGAAGAUGAACAGUUUUGAUGACACAAAAAAUAGGCACAUGUGCAUGCUGUGGGGGAGAUACAAGUUCCUGUGGAAGCAUCAUCUGGGAGGACCAGGGAAGCCAUCUUGGAAAAACUGAGAUCUGAAAGAUGGAUAGAGUUAACCACAUGAAGAGUGGAGAAGGGUACUUCAGACAAGGUGAACAGCAUCAGGGAAGCCCAGGGAGGGUAUAGAAAAGAAAGAACAGUAAUUCUUGCAGUGGCUUUCAAUGGGAGUGGCAGUCAUGGAAGGAAGGAGAGGUAGCAGGGACCAGCUUUUGAAGGGCUUUGUGUAUCACAUUUUAAGAAGUUUAAAUUUUAACCUAAGGUCACUGGGAAGCCAUUGGCAGAUUUUGUAUGUUAGGAAGUUCACCACUCACCUACUUGGAGUAUUGCAGGUGGAGCUAAUGUGGAUGGGCCUCCUGCCCAUUAUUAAAUCCUGUUCCUGUCAGGAACAGGACAGCCCAUGCUGUCUCUCCCUGUGUGUCUGUCUCUCCCUGUGUGUCUGUCUCUCUCUCUCUGUCUGUCUCUCUCUCUCAAAAGCUAAAGGAAAGCGCAUAGGUUCCAGAAGGAAAAAGAAAUAACCACUAGAAAAAUAAGUAUAAGCUGACUUUACCAUGGCACAGUGAGAUUCCAAACCAAAAUAAGGUUUCUAGGGAUUGAGCUUUUAAUACUGGUACUCCAACAGGGAGAUAGGACUUGGAAAGCUGACGCUGUGUGAAAGUUACAGAAUUAAGCAGCCUGCAAACCUGGACCUUUGAAAAUCGUCCUACUGACCCAGGAAAAGUGCAAGGAAGUAGGUUCUCCAGAACCUUGGGUAGGCCAAACAUUACUUGAAGGCAUCGAUCUAAAUAAUACACAAAAACAUUAUUCAGGAACACCGUGAGAAAUUAACAUAAAAACUGAUUUGGCCAGGCAUGGUGGCUCAGCCUAUGGUAACAGCGCUUUGGGAGGCCAAGGUUGGAAAAUCACUUGAGGCCAGGAGUUCCAGGCUGUAGUGAGCUAUGAUUGUACUACUGCACUCCAGCCUGGGCAACAGAGGGAGAGUCUUAAAAAAGCAAACUGUCCAAGAUCAUUGAAGCCAUUAGCACUUAGGAAGAAACAAAUGAAAUUACAUUCAAGGGACUCACAUUUAAAUCCAGGGCUCUCAGGACUCCCAAAGUAAAAAGAUGGGCAUAAAAUAAAAAAUUACAAGCCACUUGAGAAAAAAAUAAAUCACCAUGAGGUAGAGAUAGCAGAGGAAAAAUUACACAUGAAGAUCUAGGAAUUAGGGAGCUAUCCAAAAUAGACUGUGAAAGUAUGUUGCAAGUGACUGAGGGUAAUGAAAAAAAUGUCGUAAGAGCAUGAAUUAAAAGGGUUUUGAGAAAGAAUGAAGAUAAUGUGGUCAUUGACUGUAAACUCAUUUGAUGGGCAACAAUAGAUGAGACACAGCUAUUAAGAGUGGAUCGAUAACCUUGAAUGUGGAUGUGAGGCAACUGUAGUAUAGCACAAAAAAUUUGAGAAAUGAUGGAGCUCUUAAGCUGCUUGUGGACACUGGUCUGGAGGGGGACAGGACCAAGAAAACCAGUCAUGGAGGUUGAACUAAGUCAUCUCUCCAAUGUAUCCGUGCCUGUUACGUGCCAGUGCCGUUUAGGAGCAGAGGAUAUUGUAAUUUUUUUUAAAGUUCCUAUGAAUACCUUCUAGUGGGUCAUAAUGGCUCAACCGGGGAAAUGGCAGUAGAGAUGAAGAGAUGGAUGGAUUCGAAAGACAUUUUUUGGAAGUUGGAAUUAACAGGAUAUGGUGAAUAAUCAAGAGAUAGUAAAAGCAUAAUGGAGGAAACAAUGGUUCUUCCUGUUACCAUAGGAAGAAGCUUUGGAGUAGAGUUUUAUUCAUUUUAAAUGCAUUUAUUGUGCACUUUAUUAUAGGUAUUGGAGAUUGACGGAAAAUAGUCUCUGACUUCAAAGAGUUUCACAGGAAAGAUGAGCGAUGGCUAUGUAAUAUGACCAAUACUGGGAUAGAGAGGUGCCCAGGUCACUACGGGAGGACUUAGGUGAUUUCUAACUAUGUCUGAGAGUAGGGGAAAUGGGAUCAAAGAAAACAUCUCAGAAGAUAUGAAGCUUGAGCUUAUGUCUUGAAAAAUUUAAAGUUUAACCUAACCAAGGAUAAAGAAUCAGAAGAAACAGCAUAUUCAAAAGCUAAAGAACAUGGGACUCGUGUGUGCUUUGCAUGUACACACGUGUGUGUGUGUGUGUCUGAAAGGAUUGGAGAGGAGGGUGAAGAGAAUAACAAGAUGAACGUCAACCUAAUGUAGAAUGUUUGAAGUUUGUAUUUCACUUAACAAGACAGCGGGGAGUGAUGGAAGGAUCUUAGAUAGGAAAGGGACAUGAGCAUGUUUGCCAAGAGAGCUCGUUCUGGUCAUAGUGGGAAUGUGAAGGUGACAAAUCUGGAGGCAGAUAGCUCACAUUUGGAGGCAGCUGCAGUCAUCCAGAUGAGAAGUGAGAGGGACCUAAGCUGUAAAUUGUGGGAAUAAAGACAAGACCCGUUAAAAAGAAAGAGAACACACCAUGUAGCGUGGAAAGGAGAAGGGUGGAGAGUAGCCUAUGCAGAAGGAACAACCUUCAAAAAGACAUGGAGGACUGAAAAGACACCCUGUUGUAGGGAGAUCAGCAAUGCAUUUUUUAUAACCAGGUGAUACAGGGAAAAGGUAGGAUCUGAAGCUUGAAAAAUAGAUUGGGGGCUGAUUGUAAAGAGCUUCGUGUCAUUCCCAGGAUUUUGGAACUGAUUUUACUAACAUGAAAAAGGUUUUGAUUUAAAAUACUGAGUAAUAUAGUUGGAACUAUAAUUUAGAAAGAUAAUAGCUGGCGCCAUCACUCUUCUAAGCAAAGACAGUAAUACAUUUAAUGCUCAUAGGCUUUAGUAAUACAUUUAAUCCUUAUAGUAAGCCUAUUAGAUAAAAACCAUUAUUAUCUCCCUUCUAUAGACAGAGAAACCGGCAUUAGGAGAAUGAGAACUUGCCUAUGGUCCCACUCUGGAAAUACCUAGUAAGCGACAGAGCCAGGAUUCAAACCCAGGCAGCUUGACUCCAGAACUUUCGCUCAUAACCUUAUACAUCUCCCUCAUGGUUGGUGUUUCUCAACCAUGGAUACACAUUCGAACUGCAUGUAGCAUCUCUAAACAUACAGUUACCUGGAUUGACUGAAUCAGAGUGUCUGAAAAAUGAUGUGUGAUACUAUGUUUUGCAAAAUCUCCACAGGGCCCUUGGAAGAAAAUCCUCGCUGUGUCCAGGCUGAGGUGGGGGGCUAAUGACAGUGUGAGCUCUAGAUGGUGUGAGACCACCCCAAAGCCAAGAAAUGGCUACAGCCGUGGAACCAGAGGACCAGGAUCUUUGGGAAGAAGAGGGAAUUCUGAUGGUGAAACUGGAAGAUGAUUUCACCUGUCGGCCAGAGUCUGUCUUACAGAGGGAUGACCCGGUGCUGGAAACCUCCCACCAGAACUUCCGACGCUUCCGCUACCAGGAAGCAGCAAGCCCUAGAGAAGCUCUCAUCAGACUCCGAGAACUUUGUCACCAGUGGCUGAGACCAGAGAGGCGGACAAAGGAGCAGAUCCUAGAGCUGCUUGUGCUGGAACAAUUUCUUACCGUCCUACCUGGAGAACUACAGAGCUGGGUGCGGGGCCAACGGCCAGAAAGUGGCGAGGAGGCAGUGACGCUGGUGGAGGGUUUGCAGAAACAACCCAGGAGACCAAGGCGGUGGGUGACUGUCCAUGUUCACGGCCAGGAAGUCCUGUCAGAGGAGACGGUGCAUUUAGGAGCGGAGCCUGAGUCACCUAAUGAGCUGCAGGAUCCUGUGCAAAGCUCGACCCCCGAGCAGUCUCCUGAGGAAACCACACAGAGCCCAGAUCUGGGGGCACCGGCACAGCAGCGUCCACACCAGGAAGAGGAGCUCCAGACCCUGCAGGAGAGCGAGGUCCCAGUGCCCGAGGACCCAGACCUUCCUGCAGAGAGGAGCUCUGGAGACUCAGAGAUGGUUGCUCUUCUUACUGCUCUGUCACAGGUGUGCCCUAGUUACCUCUGUACCACAGAGAAUUUGUUUGAAGAACCACUGGGCAUAAGCCAUACUAAACAGGGACUGGUAACGUUCAAGGAUGUGGCCGUAUGCUUUUCCCAGGACCAGUGGAGUGAUCUGGACCCAACACAGAAAGAGUUCUAUGGAGAAUAUGUCUUGGAAGAAGACUGUGGAAUUGUAGUCUCUCUGUCAUUUCCAAUCCCCAGACCUGAUGAGAUCUCCCAGGUUAGAGAGGAAGAGCCUUGGGUCCCAGAUAUCCAAGAGCCUCAGGAGACUCAAGAGCCAGAAAUCCUGAGUUUUACCUACACAGGAGAUAGGAGUAAAGAUGAGGAAGAGUGUCUGGAGCAGGAAGAUCUGAGUUUGGAGGAUAUACACAGGCCUGUUUUGGGAGAACCAGAAAUUCACCAGACUCCAGAUUGGGAAAUAGUCUUUGAGGACAAUCCAGGUAGACUUAAUGAAAGAAGAUUUGGUACUAAUAUUUCUCAAGUGAAUAGUUUUGUGAACCUUCGGGAAACUACACCCGUCCACCCCCUGUUAGGGAGGCAUCAUGACUGUUCUGUGUGUGGAAAGAGCUUCACUUGUAACUCCCACCUUGUUAGACACCUGAGGACUCACACAGGAGAGAAACCCUAUAAAUGUAUGGAAUGUGGAAAAAGUUACACACGAAGCUCACAUCUUGCCAGGCACCAAAAGGUUCACAAGAUGAACGCGCCUUAUAAAUAUCCCCUAAACCGGAAGAAUCUGGAAGAGACCUCCCCUUUGACACAGGCUGAGAGAACUCCAUCAGUGGAGAAACCCUAUAGAUGUGAUGAUUGCGGAAAACACUUCCGCUGGACUUCAGACCUUGUCAGACAUCAGAGGACACAUACUGGAGAAAAACCCUUCUUUUGUACUAUUUGUGGCAAAAGCUUCAGCCAGAAAUCUGUGUUAACAACACACCAAAGAAUCCACCUGGGAGGCAAACCCUACUUGUGUGGAGAGUGUGGUGAGGACUUCAGUGAACACAGGCGGUACCUGGCGCACCGGAAGACGCACGCUGCUGAGGAACUCUACCUCUGCAGCGAGUGCGGGCGCUGCUUCACCCACAGCGCCGCGUUCGCCAAGCACUUGAGAGGACACGCCUCAGUGAGGCCCUGCCGAUGCAACGAAUGUGGGAAGAGCUUCAGUCGCAGGGACCACCUCGUCAGGCAUCAGAGAACACACACUGGGGAGAAACCAUUCACGUGCCCUACGUGUGGAAAAAGCUUCAGCAGAGGAUAUCACUUAAUUAGGCAUCAGAGGAUCCACUCAGAAAAGACCUCCUAGCGAGGUCCCCAUGUGAGGAGACCUGCUCUCAGCCCUCAGCUAAGGGAGGUGAGGAAGAGGAAAAGCCCUCUUGUCAGCCUGGGAAGACCUUUUCGAGGGAGUCUCCCUGACCUGCUCAGAUCUGACAUCACCUCUUCCUGCAACUAAACACAAGCCCGGGCAGAACCUCUCAGCCUUCUUCUACGCCUUGAGGGGAUGUUUCAUCCAAAGUACAACCUGAAUUGAGGCUUCUCCUUCGCUGGAGUGCGCCUGCCUCUACCUCAUGGGUAUAAAGUAGGAGAACUAAGAGACUUAAGAGGUCGUGGUUCCUAUAUCGUCCAAAAAAUAGGCUGUUACAUAUCCUAAAGACUGCUCAACAGCUUCAAGUUGAAAGUGGCCAAGGACAGCCCCUUAGGUUUGGGAAGGGACGAGCCUGAAGGAUUCUGUCUUUACUGGGUUCAAAUCUUAAAGCACACAGCUCUGGACUCAAGACAGGGGGUUUGCGUCCUGAUGGCUUUGCCACACAUUCACAGGAUAACUGCAUAGAUCCCUCGCUGUCUGAUUCACUUCUUACCAUGCACUUUCCUUUGAUGCUGAGGAGAAAUGGAAGUGGGCGAAAAACCUCAAGGCUGCUUCAUGUGGACCUUGUCAAGCUGCUCCCUCCCCCAGCGUCAAGUUGUUAUCAGGUGCCAAACACUGCUAGAAAGGAGGGCCUAGUCAGAAGCCUCUUUCCAUACGAGUUUUGGUUUUGUUUUUAAUAUUUUUUUCUAUUAAAAUACUCAUGCAUUUAACCCUUCCCGUUAUUCAACCAGUCUCUUGGUUGCAUCCCUAGCACUUCUACUACAAGUGAGAUGGUAGUGUUUGAGUGCUUAUUGAGUAAAGCAUAAUUCGGUCAUAAUGAAAUCGUUCACAUUCCCUCAUAUGCACAAGCCCACCAACCCCUUCACACCCCUCUUCACAGGGGUCGUAUGAGUAAGGGGAUUUGGAAACUGUCAACUUACAAAGGCACUAUAACAGUUACAGAAUCAUGAUUGCCAUGGGCCACUUUAUUCACAUGAAGACAACUGGAGAACGACUAAGACCAAAUUAUGGAAAAUAAGAAAAAGCUGUUGCUGGCAAGACCAUCAAGACUAUUCUGACACCCUGUCCCCAUCAUCCCUGACUGAGUACUCUGACAUCACGGAAAGUGUUGAACCUGGGACCCUGAGGAAUUCACCAGGAGUAAAUGGCUUUCAUGUAUUUGUGUUGUUUGCUUUUUCUUACGUGAUUUUAUGUUCAUAGAGCUAGAAAGUAGCAUCUCAUGAUGGCCCAACAAUCUCUGUUGCCAGUUAAAGGUUCCUUGGAGAUGAGGCUGAAUAAUUAUGAACCUCACCUUCUCUGAUUGUGGGAGUGGCAAGAACUGGGGAGACGUCCUCCAUAAGUGGAGCACAGGGUAUGGGGUUAAAGCAUGACAGGGAGAGUCUUCUGUGCCUGGUUUCUUCUCCUCUAUCUCAUAAUGCAUUAUGGGCCCGAGGAAUAGGGGAGGGUUAAUAAGACUCCAACCCUAGUGGCCCAACAGGGAAAUUCUCAUUUUGGUCAAUGAUAUUCUGAUGGACUGGUUAGGUCUUAAUACCAGUCAACCUUUGUCCUUCUGGAAAUAUACAUAUAUGAAAUAAAUAAAGGUAACACUUGCA